AUGUCACUCGGUAAGCUGAUGAUUGGACUGAAUACACGUCUCAUCCACGUUGGAAAGCCAAGCUUACAGCCACCCAUCACUGCCGCCGAGGCAAACAACGACUUCAUCUCCUCAACAAAAAUCGAAUCUUGCUUCAUUCUAUCCAAAUCAUCAUCAACUGAAGCAGAGAUAUCGAGUCCAUCGUCAACCAUGGCGAACCUGAAAACCGCAUUUCUCGAGGCGCGAAUGACCAAAAAGCCUCCUUUUACGGUUGAGGUUGCAAACAGCCCUUCGGUGCCUGGUGAAACCAUACCACGAAGAAGUGUCCGGUCACCAGAAAAGCUUCUCACAUCACCAGAUGAUGCAAACAUCGCAACUGUCUUUGAUAUCGUGAAAGAGAGCGCCAGAAAAUAUGGAGACCUCAGAGCUGUUGGGUCAAGGAAACUGAUCAAGACACAUCACGAGACCAAGAAAGUAAAGAAGGUCGUGGAUGGCAAAGUGCAAGAGGUUGAUAAAAAUUGGACGUACUUUGAACUCAGCGGGUAUACCUAUCUCAACUUCAAGGAGUAUGAGACUUUGGUGUUGCAACUGGGAAGCGGAUUGAGGAAAUUGGGACUGCAGCCUCAUGAAAGGGUGCAUUUGUUUGCUUCUACUAGCGCACAUUGGCUGUCUAUGGCUCACGGAGCGAUGUCACAAUCGAUGGCUAUUGUGACAGCUUACGACACGCUGGGCGAGGAAGGACUCCGUACCUCUCUGGUUGCAACCAAAGCCAAGGCCAUCUAUCUUGAGCCACGUCUUAUCAAAAUGUUCAUUAAGACUCUAGAUCAUGCCAAGGACAUUGAGUACAUCAUUUACAACACAGAUUCUGAGACUGAAAUUGACGAAGCUGAUCUGGAGACAUUGAGGAAGUCACAUGAGCAUCUGACUGUAUUGAGCUAUGAAGAUCUGAGGCAGACCGGAGCUGUUGAUCUAGUCGCGCCUACACCACCAAAACCCGAAGACCUUGCAUGUAUUAUGUAUACUUCGGGUUCUGGUGGACCACCUAAAGGAGUGGAGCUGACACAUAGUAAUGUCGUGGCAGCCGUUGCUGGUGCAGAUAGCUCGGUAGGCGACUAUCUUGGAGCGGGCGAUACUCUUCUUACCUACCUGCCACUCGCGCACAUAUUUGAAUUCGUUUUCGAAAAUGCCUGUCUCUUUUGGGGUGGAACUAUGGGAUACGGCUCAAUCAGAACCCUCUCUCAAGCCAACUGCCGCAAUUGCAAAGGAGAUAUUGAAGAAUUACAGCCAACUUUGCUCGUGGGAAUUCCAGCUGUCUGGGAACAGGUCAAGAAAGGAAUCGAGGCUAAAGUGGCGGCUGGUAGCCCGCUUACCAAAAAGAUCUUUUGGGGGGCUUAUGCUAUGAAGAAAUUUCUCAUGGCGAAGGGCCUUCCUGGCUCCGCCUUCUUGGAUAUUCUCGUCUUCAACAAAGUCAAGGCUGCAACAGGUGGACGUCUUCGAUUUUGUAUGAACGGUGCAGCGCAGGUAGCCAGAGAAACUCAGCUUUUCAUCUCGCUUGCAAUAGCACCAAUGAUCAACGGCUACGGCAUGACCGAAACCUCUGCCAUGGGCGCCCUCUGCAACCCUGGCGCCUGGACAGUCGACGCCCACGGCGACAUCCCAGCCACAGUCGAGAUCAAACUCGUAGAUUUCCCCGACGCAGGAUACUUCUCGACUAACACCCCACGUCCUCAGGGCGAAAUCUGGAUUCGCGGCCCUAGCGUCACGCAAAGAUAUUACCAGGAUGAAGAACAGACUAAAGACGCCUUUGAAGAUGGUUGGUUCAAGACGGGUGAUAUUGGGGAGUGGGACGAGAAUGGCCAUAUUAAGAUUAUUGAUCGGAAGAAGAAUUUGGUGAAGACGCUUAAUGGGGAGUAUAUUGCUCUUGAGAAGCUCGAGUCCGUCUACCGCUCCGCCACCGUAGUAGCGAAUCUCUGCGUCUACGCAUCCAUCACCGAGACAAACCCAAUCGUCAUCAUCGUCCCCGCUGAACCAGCAUUAAUCAAACUCGCCGAAUCCAUUGGUGUUGAGGGCCAUGGAAUCGGUGAUCUCGUCCAUGAUCCCAAGAUCCAGACGGAAGUCCUAAAGCAAGUCCAGGCUAUUGGUCGGAAAGCUGGAUUGGCGAGUAUGGAAAUCGUCACUGGUGUGGUGCUUGCUGAUGAGGAGUGGACGCCUGUUAAUGGUCUGGUGACGCCGACCAAUAAAUUGAAUCGUAGAGGUUUGGUCGAGAAGUACAAGACUGAGAUUGAAGCCGCUUACGAGGCAGGCAAAGGGAGAUAA